GAGUGAUCCGGGCGUGGGGGCGGGGCGCGCGAGACCAUAUAAGGGGCGGGAGGGGGAUGUGUGGCGCAGUUGGAGUCGGGUGAGUCUGGGAGGGAGUUGUUCUGUCGGCUUGGCCUGCCAGCCCCGCGGGAAAAAUGCAGAUCUUCGUCAAGACCCUGACUGGCAAGACCAUCACCCUUGAGGUCGAGCCCAGUGACACCAUUGAGAAUGUCAAGGCAAAGAUCCAGGACAAGGAAGGCAUUCCCCCAGAUCAGCAGAGGCUGAUCUUUGCUGGGAAGCAGCUGGAAGAUGGUCGUACCCUGUCCGACUACAACAUCCAGAAGGAGUCCACUCUGCACUUAGUGCUGCGCCUCAGAGGUGGGAUGCAGAUCUUUGUGAAGACCCUGACUGGCAAGACCAUCACCCUUGAGGUCGAGCCCAGUGACACCAUUGAGAAUGUCAAGGCCAAGAUCCAGGACAAGGAGGGCAUUCCUCCCGACCAGCAGAGGCUGAUCUUUGCUGGGAAGCAGCUGGAAGAUGGUCGUACCCUGUCCGACUACAACAUCCAGAAGGAGUCCACCCUGCACCUUGUCCUGCGCCUGAGGGGUGGGAUGCAGACCUUUGAAGCCUGCCAGGAUCUGGCAGCUGGGCAGCAGUUGGCCUGUGAUGGGGCAGGCAGUGGGGGUGAGGCUGAGGAGCUGUCAGGACAGAAUAUAAAAGAGCUAAAACACUCAGUGGAGAUCUGUGGCUCCGGCUCCAUGACAGUGAUCUGAUAACACUAAGCUCUC